AAAUGCCAAGCACAAAUUAGCUCUUGUUCAAUCCACUGCGCGCGCUUGUGUAGCGAAAACGGAUUGCGAUGAUCGUGUCCAACGUGAGCUUCAGCGGCUGCACGAGGGCCAAUAGCGCGCUGUGUACUGGUGCUGCAGACAGGCACCUGGAACACAAUUUAUCCCGCACCACUCUCAGCCCGACCGGGAACCUGAUAGUCUCAGUGUGUUUGGGCUUUAUUGGCAGCUUCGGAUUCUUCAACAACCUCCUGGUUCUCGUCCUUUUCUGCCGUUACAAGGUGCUGCGCUCGCCUAUCAACUUGCUACUGAUUAACAUUUCAUUCAGUGAUCUGCUGGUGUGUGUGGUGGGAACUCCGUUCAGUUUCGCGGCAAGUACACAGGGAAGAUGGCUCAUAGGAGAAAGUGGGUGUGUAUGGUACGGCUUUGCCAAUUCACUAUUAGGCAUCGUGUCCCUCAUCUCCCUGGCCGUGCUCUCCUACGAGCGUUACACUACCAUGAUGGGUCCAACCGAGGCCGACUCCACCAACUACCGGAAGGUAGCCUUGGGCAUCGCUUUCUCCUGGGUCUACUCACUGAUGUGGACCCUGCCGCCGCUCUUCGGCUGGAGCCGCUACGGCCCCGAGGGGCCCGGCACCACCUGUUCAGUGGACUGGAUGGCCAAGAGCGCCAACAAUGUCUCGUACAUCAUCUGCCUCUUUGUUUUCUGCCUCAUCGUCCCCUUCCUGGUCAUAGUCUACUGCUAUGCUAAACUGAUGCAUGCAAUCAAACAGGUUACCGCCAUCAACACAGCUAUGAGCAGGAAGAGGGAGCAGCGUGUUCUCGUCAUGGUGGUAGUCAUGGUGAUGGUGUACCUGAUGUGCUGGUUGCCGUAUGGGGUCAUGGCCUUGCUGGCCACCUUCGGACGUCCUGGCCUGGUCACCCCCGAGGCCAGCAUCGUCCCCGCGAUCAUGGCCAAGACCAGCACGGUCUUCAACCCUGUUAUCUAUAUCUUCAUGAACAAGCAGUUCCACAGGUGUUUCCGAGCGCUGCUGAGGUGCCAAGAGCCUCAGCGGGGUUCCAGCCUCAGGAACUCCUCCAAGGCACUGCCCAAAGCCGCCCGAGGCAGUGCCCGCAAAACCAACCAACACAACUUAACUUUCAUGGUUGCCUCCCUUGGGCAGCCCACCAGCGACGUCCCCCAGCUGGGGAAUGCAACCCUGGACUCAGCCGCCCCUGCUUACUCUGACAUGGUCAGGCCCACCAUUGUGUCACUAGUGGCCCACUACAAUGGCGUUCUGGGGCGAACAGGGGUUACAACCCCUAGGAACCAAUUACAGGGAGGGGAGGAGGAUCCAGAGGAGUCAUCAAAGUGGAUUUAGUGCUGUCAGUAUGAUGGACAGCAGGCUAUAAAAUCUGAAUGCCUCCGGACUCUUUGGAAGGGGAGCCGCAGGAGCUGCUAGUGCAUCUUGAAGAAGGACAUCAAUCUGUCUGGGUCUGCACAAGCUUAUACAUUCUGUCGCCGUUUACUAGCUCAAAUACGCCUAUGGACCGAGAGUGGGGAGAGAAUGGUGCGAAGAACCCCAAUUUAUUUUGUGCAAUUUCUAAUGUUUUGUCAAAUAUAUUAGUUCCAUGACAUGUCGAUGUGAUUUCACCCCCUGUCAGUGUACCUUUAUAGUGCAAAAAAAACAGAGAGAGAUGAAGAGUGUAUUUUUGUACUGAGCGGAGAUUGGAGUCACAGAUUGAGGGAACUCAAGUAUUGUAUUUCAAGUAUUUUCAGGAGACACGUUUCAAAGGUGUGAAGAUGACAAAGCGCUCAGAAACCCCCCCCCCCACAAAAGGUAACGAGGAAAUUGAACUGUUAAUGAAUUCUGAGCAUUGAUCUAUUGCUGUAUUACAUUUUCUAUCAAAUAUUUUAAAUUGGUUUCAUCACUCGACACUUAAAACAUAUUCAACUGUAACUAGUCACACGUCACUUGUUGUAUAUCAUUUGUCAUAAAACAUAGGUAGCAUGUCUGGUAUGUAUAUUUCUUCAUUUUCUGUAAAUAUGCAAAAAUGUACAAAAAAACGACUUAAAACGUAUCAUCAGGUGAUAAAAUGUGGAGGCUGGAGGUCCAGGGUUAGAAAAAAGGGUUCCAAAAAGGUUCUUUGGUUGUCUGACACCAAACUUGUCAUGAUCAUCAAUUUCACGGUAUUAUUCCAACCUCAUAGUGUGAAAAUCACGUUUUUUUUAAUUGCACUGAGCCUUUAAACAACUUUACAGCAUUAUGAUACAAUAGUUUGUUUCUUUUCAUGUGAAAUAUGAUUGCAGAUUUUAUGAUUUAGGCCUACGAUUAGCUAGGUGUCGAGACAGAAUGUGUCUUACUGUAAGACAUGGUUAGAUAUCAACCCACUAAAUUAGAAUUGCUAACGUUAACAUGGGCGUUACUCGCCACCCAUCAUCUUGAUUGGUAAUCAGCAAUUACCCUUUUUUUAUCACUACAUCCCUGGUUACAUUUCUUUUUGCCAGUUUGUGUUACCCACACUUGGUCAAAACAAGGGACUUCCCGGUUAAGCCUAUAAUGACGUGAAAUGAUUGUAGUACACUUCUAACUUUUUGUAAAAUGCUUCAAACAACGCAGGCCUCAUCUAUAUAAAAAAAGACUUUGAAGUUAUCAAUUAAAAGGUCUGACAGUAAUUACCUGGAAAUUAUACAGUGAUAAUAUAUGAAUUACUGCUAGCUACUUGUACUGCUAGCAAGUUUGUUUACUUUGACUUAAUUGGUCUAAUUUGAAUAUCAGUUUAAGUACAAACUAUGAAAAUAAUCACGUUUACAUCAUACCCAAUUGGGUCUGAAGAAUGACAAAGUGCACAGCUUGUUAUGACAUGACGGUACAAAGAGGAAGUAGAGGAGUUGUUAAGAGCAUGUGAUCAUAUGAGUUUUACUAUUACUGGCCUUGAGCCUUACAUCAUUUACUGUAAAUGUACCCUUUAUUUAACUAGACAAGUCAGUUAACUUAUUUACAAUGAGCUGACAGGAGUCCCACAUUUGCAUAUUGUUUGAAAUGUGUUUGUUUGCUUAAAAUCAGAGAAGUUGAUGUUACACCAUUUUUUAAAUAUUAACAAUAGAAUGGUUAUGUAGGAGUUAUUAAAUGCUUGAAUUGACCACGAUGAAUAUGUGCAACCAUUUGUAGUGGAAUAUUAUCUCACUGGGGGGGGAAAGAAAUGCAUUCAACACUGUACAUAGAUGUGUCCUUAACUAACUGACCACAGAGACAGUUGACUAUGGACUGUAUGACUGUAUGUUUGUUUUAGAAAUAAAUAAAUGGACAGACCAGUUACAUAUAUUAUACUUAAAUAAUGUGACAACAAAGUGAGAAGAAUUUCAUACUGUUUUGACGGUUGCGGUUUAAUAAAGUUUUUUUAAUUUUUAAA